AUGGUACACAAACUGUCUGAUCUAUCUAUCUAUCUAUCUAUCUAUCUAUCUAUCUAUCUAUCUAUAUAUACAUAUACAUAUACAUGUGUUGCGAUUGAAAACUGUUCCAUAAAUAAUAUUCCUUUCUUUCUUUCUUUCGAUCUUUCUUUCAUUCUUUUUUUAUUACGUUCUUUCUUUCUUUUUUGUUUGUUUGUUCAUUCUUUCUGUCUUUAUUCAUCAUUAUUCUUUCUUUCUUUCUUUCUUUCUUUCAUUCGUCAUUGUUUCUAUUGGUUUUUCCUUCUUUUUCUAUCGAUCUUGCUUUUUCUUUCUUUCCUUAUUUUUUCGUUCUUUCCCUUUCGUUCUUCCUUUCUUUCUCAUUUUUCCCCUUAUUCUUCCUUUCUUCAUUUUUCGUUCGUUCGUUCGUUAUUUCUUUAUCUUUUCAUUUUUCCUCAUUCUUUCUUCAUCUUUUUUUUCUUUUCUUUCUUCGUUCCUUUCUUUCUUUCUUUCUUUUGUUUUGUCUUUAAAUUUACUUCUUUCUUUCUACCUUUCUUUCUUUAUUCCACAUUUUUCCUUCCUCUUUUUUCUUGUUUCUCUCUUCCUUUCUUUAUUCUUUCUUUCCCUUUCAUCUUUCUUUCUUUCUUUCUUUCUUUCUUCCUCCAUUCAUUUUUUUCAUUUUUCUUACUGUUUUUCUUUAUUUCUUUUUUCUUUCUUCAUUCGUUCAUCUUUCUUUGUCUCUUCAUGUUUUCCUCUUUCUUUCUUUCUUUCUUUUCAUUUUAA